UUGGAGUUUCAACUUUCCUUGAACACAUUGAGAUGUGUUUUCUGUGAGAGCACUGCGAUCAACUGUGCAGAGAAUUCAUUCAGAGCUCUGGCCUCAGAGAGGCUCCAGACACCACGUCCAUGCAGAGCUCUUCGCAAAUGAGCUGUAUCUCGAAGCCAAUCGCUUUGAAUCCUUUUAAGGUCCCUGAACUUUUUUAACCUGAAGAUAAUCAUGAUUUAGUUAGCAUCGAUAAUCCGUACCAGUAUUUUGAAGAAAACUGAUAACCAGUGCGCGGAUUCUACCAGUUAACGCCAAAACAUCCGUAUAAUUAAAGGUCCUGUAGAGACGAAUAUCCUGUCGAUCCUCUUUUACGGCGCCGACGCUGUGGAUUGUUUCAAGCCUUCAGGAGAACUAGAAGGCCCAAGUACACUGUGGCGUGGCUGAUGCUAGGAGGGCGCCACUGCUCCGCCCGAAGACAAAACCAGGCUGUACAUAAUCCCGAAGUCACCGCUUUUGUCUUCGAACCUCAUGGCUGUCAUGAGGUAAAUCCUCCACAGGUUCCCUGUUGCAUCGUCUUCCUUCUUGAUUCUGUUCGAUUCUUACCUCUUAAUUUGGUAAUGUCUUAAGUGUUGUGUUUCUUUUGCCUUUGUUUGUUCUUCAUUCCUUUCCUUGUCCUCUGUUCUCCUUGGACGGAUUGCCAUCUAUUACUAAACCAACUAAACACCAUGCCGAAGCCGCGGCCUGCCACAUCGGGAUACGCCCGUCUUGCGCAGGAGGAAGAAGAGAGAAGCCUAGGAUUUCACGAUGACUCCGAAGACGAUGGCCUGUACGCACCUACGUCGGUAUCGCACUCCGGCCCCAGAUACGUCCCUGUUUCGACUCGAGCCCAGGCGUCGAAUCUCACAUCCUCGUCUGACCAUCGACGGAAAGCCAGUCGGUACACUGGCAGGCGACCGCGCAGCAACUCUGCCGUGGACAUCAAGGCCAUCAAUGCGCGACUCGAGCGCUGGGCGGAGGAGAUCGCCUCCAAGUUCAAGAUAUCCAAGGUCAGGGGUAAGACCAUGGAAGAGGAAAAGCUUGAGAUCUAUCAUUCCGUUUUUCAGCCUCCAGAUGGCGUUCGACCUCUUACGGCUGAAUCGUUGGAAUCAGAGGAAAUGGAAAGUGCUGCGCGAAGAGCUCGACAGGAGUUUGAGGACAUUGUGGAGAGUGUUCGUGUCGCGAUUGAGCUUGGAGUGCACCCUCGGAUGAUCUCUCAGGGCAGCUCGGGCAGUUAUUUCGCACGCAACGCGGACGGGAAAAUUGUAGGUGUCUUCAAGCCUAAGGACGAGGAACCUUACGCCUCGCGAAACCCCAAGUGGACCAAAUGGAUUCAUAGAAACCUUUUCCCAUGCUUCUUCGGUCGAGCUUGCCUUAUCCCCAACCUCUCAUAUGUCUCUGAAGCGGCGGCAUAUGUUCUCGAUUUUCGAUUAAGAACAAAUCUUGUUCCGUUUACCGACAUAGUGUGGCUAUCCUCUAAAUCAUUCUACUACGAUUUUUGGGACAGAAGGAAGGCAUGGACAGGGAAAAGGCCUCUUCCGCCUAAAGUUGGCAGUUUCCAGGUUUUCCUGAAGGGAUAUAAAGAUGCAAACAUCUUUUUGCGUGAGCAUCCUUGGCCCGACCAGACAAAUUCUGGCUUCCGCGCCCAGGACGCCCCAAAACGCAAGCGCCGGCCAUGGAAUGAGGCAUGUCGACCUUCGGGGGCAGUGUCUGAUGAUGAAGGGGAAGAAAGUUAUGAGAAUGGAUACACUGCUACUUCAGCACCACGAGAUGCGAGCGCCGAGCGGCGAUUUCGCUGGACUGAAAACCUCAAACAGGCUUUCAGGGAAGAGCUGGAGAAAUUGGUGAUUUUGGACUAUAUCAUGAGGAAUACGGACCGCGGCCUGGAUAAUUGGAUGAUCAAGGUCGACACGCAAACUGAGGAAGUGUCUAUCAUAGCGGAUCCCCCUAAGCAGGACCGGAACGUUGAGGAAGGUGACGAACACAUGCCGCCCGCCAGGCCUGUUUCGGUCAAUUCUAACUCGACACCCACUUCGUCUAAUGGUUAUAGACGGCACGAGGCCAUGAGUGCGACGAGUCGCUCUGGGACGCCAAGUUCGCAAGAGACGCAAACUACCAUUAAAGUUGGAGCCAUUGAUAACAGUUUAUCCUGGCCCUGGAAACAUCCUGACGCUUGGCGAAGUUUUCCUUUUGGUUGGCUGUUCCUUCCUGUUUCCCUAAUUGGACAACCGUUCUCUCAGCGAACAAGAGAUCACUUCUUACCGCUGCUCACUUCGACGGCAUGGUGGAGCGGUACUCAGAUGGCUCUACGGCGAGUUUUCUCGCAAGACGAUGAUUUCAAGGAGAGCAUGUUUGCAAGACAGAUUGCGGUCAUGAAGGGCCAGGCCUGGAAUGUAGUGGAAACAUUGAAGCAGCCAGACCAUGGUCCUUUGGAAUUGACCAGGAGAACGCGGGUUUGCGUGUGGGAUGAUUUAGUGGAUGUUCCUAUCGCUAUUCCCCUCCGCGUUGCUUCUAUGGACACGCAAAGACGCGCUAGGAAUUAUGAUGAGGAGGAAGAGAUGGAUAUUGGGGCUACUGCCUCUUCAAAACCCGGGCCAGAAGCAGACCUUUUGGGCCUUACCUCUCCUUUCAACGAGCUACCCCAUCCCGGAAAAUUUGAGCUCUCUCGAGGCCGCAACUCUGGGGAGAUGAGUCGGUUGAGAGCAGGAGCAGGUAGUCCCUUGAGUCUACCCGAACAUGAAAUAGACCGUGGGAGUCUUGACGGAGUGACCUAUCGGAGAGACCUAGAUAAGGGCUGGACUACCAAUGGAGUUGACCACCACAAGCAAGCUUCCACAUCCAGUGGACGCGGUUUUAUUUGGGACGGAGAUGACCUCGAGGGUGAUCUCGGUUAUGCAGCCGCCCAAGAUAUGGAAGGGAACCAGCGGAAAGUCAUUGUUGAACGGCUGGAAGCAGUGAAGAGCAAAAACCCUGUCUUCACGUGGUGCUGAGCUCUAUAUCUUCUGUAUACUUCUUUUUCUUAUUGAUAUCUUACCCUUCUUGUUUUCUCCCUUGCUCCCUUCUCUCUUCAUCCACCCUGCGUAGGGGGUCCUUUUAUUGAUUUAGCGUGUUUAUGGGAGAUUUAUCACUUACGCUGCUAGAAUGCAAUGCAGCGACGGGUGAUGGGCAAAUUUACACCUAUAUUUGCAUAUAGAUGUUAUGCGCUGGUUUAAUAUCUUUUGUUGGGUCUAAACGGGCGCGUUGAUGAACUGAAGCUUGUUAUCAUACGAUGAAAGACUAAUCUGAUACCUUUCUUUGUCUGCUUGGUUUGCUUUCUACAGCAGCCUGUGGCUGUACAGGAUGCUCUGUUCAACUUGUCGAUUGAUGCUGAAAGAAGAAGAAAAAAAAAAAAAAAAAAAAGGAAAAAGGAAAACCCGGUAAAACUUAUGAUCUAUUUCUCACUGCGAUGUUUCUGCCUAAAACAGAUCAAUACUUUCUCUUUUCCCUUCUGCAACGCCAUUACUGGAUCUACUUCUGCUGUGGAGUGGAUUAGAUUAAUUGGCUGUUAAUGAUUCUUCAUACCUUUUCUUAACCAAACGGGCUGAUUCUCUUCCACGUAUUGCCGGUUCUGAAAUAGACCGAUCUAUACAUCGACUGGACAUUAGUAGAUAUUUUCUUUUCUCUUUUUGGAUUUCUGAGGCUAGCCCGAGCAUCUUCCGUUGUAUUAUGUUAGAAAAGACUCGCGAGUUUCACCGAGGUUCUUCUAUGUGAGGGGGACAUCGGAUUGAACAGUAGCCCCAAACAGUGCUCAUAUCUCAUAUUAAAC